CUGGGUGGCACUAAACAGUAGGAUUCCCAAGGGAGUCCUGGUGGCGUAUUGGUUACGUGUUGAGCUGCGAAACGCAGGCUCAGUGGUUGGAAACUACCAACCUUCUGGAUUCGAAAAAUGAGGCUUUCUACUCCCGCUAGGAGUCACCGUCUUGGAAACCCCUGAGGAGAGUUCUAUCCCGUUGGCUCACUGUGAGUCAGAAUCCACUCGGUGGCAGUGCACUUGGUUUUGAGGAGGGUUGCCAAACUUUUAUCUGGCUAAAAAAUCCCAGGGUGAAGGUUGGAGUGAAAGAACAGGUCCAGAACUUCACACAUUCAAGGUGCAGAACAGCAUUUGGUUGCUUGAGCAUCUGGAAUGAAAUCUUCUGAAAGUCAAGAACAGAAGCCUUUUUAAAAAAAAGCCUUCAGUCAAGAUGGAGAACAAAAGACAACGCGCCCGAGUGCAGGGAGCCUGGGCCGGGCCUGUGAAGAGCCAGGCCAGGGCCCCACCCGCUGCCACUGCUAAGAGUCAUCUCCACCAGAGGCCGAGUCAGACCUGGAGGACCCAGGAACCUCACCUGUCUGACGGGGAGUUUGUGUUCACAGAGCCCCAGCAGGUUGUGCGCAGAGCCCCGGAGCCGCGGGUGAUUGACAAGGAGGGUGUGCAUGAAAUCAGCUUCGCCCCCACCGGCGUAUCCAGGGUGUGUUUGUAUCCUGGCUUUGUGGACCUGAAAGAAGCAGACUGGAUACUGCAGCAGCUUUGUCAGGAUGUUCCCUGGAAACAGAGGACCGGCAUCCGAGAGGAUAUAACUUAUCAGCAACCAAGACUUACCGCCUGGUAUGGAGAACUUCCUUACACUUACUCAAGAGUCACUAUGGAACCCAAUCCUCACUGGCACCCAGUGCUGAGCACCCUGAAGAACCGCAUCGAAGAGAACACUGGCCACUCCUUCAACUCGCUCCUCUGCAACCUGUACCGCAACGAGAAGGACAGCGUGGACUGGCACAGUGACGACGAGCCCUCCCUCGGGACGUGCCCCGUCAUUGCCUCGCUCAGCUUUGGCGCCACACGCACCUUUGAGAUGAGGAAGAAGCCUCCGCCCGAAGCGCACGGAGACUACACAUAUGUGGAGAGAGUGAAAAUACCUUUGGAUCAUGGGACCUUGUUAAUCAUGGAAGGAGCCACCCAAGCUGACUGGCAGCACCGAGUUCCUAAAGAGUACCACUCCAGAGAGCCCCGAGUCAACCUAACCUUCAGGACGGUCUCUCCAGAGCCACGAGGGGGGCGCUGGUGAGGAGGCCCCAGAGAGGCAGGGCGCCUUGGGGAAGAGGCGCCCCAGCUGUCUGGAAGUGCUGGCGGUUUGGAAGAUGCAGGAGGGAUUUGUUUGCCUGCUCGGAGCCCCAUGAAGUGACAGCCGGGGGACUGGCAAUACCCGAUCACGUCUGGAAACUGCCCAUGAUCUGCAGGCAAAUUAAAAAGCACUGUGGUGGUG